CAUUUACAUUGUGUUGUUAACUGAAAACUCAACAGUAGUUUAAAUUCAUUCAAAGGCUGAAAGAUAGCAAAUAACUCGGACGAACAAUGGGAGAGGAAGUCGACUCUAUUAUGAAUACAGAAGAUACCCUCACUCAUAAGGAAAAUGGAGAUGGGGACACGCCAGAAAGCAAUGUGAAAUACUACACACUCGAGGAAAUCCAAGCUCAUAAUCUCAGCAGGGACACUUGGCUCAUCAUUCACGAUAAAGUGUAUGAUAUUACGAGUUUCCUGGAAGAGCACCCGGGCGGUGAGGAGGUGUUACUGGAGCAGGCUGGAUCAGACGCAACUGAAAGCUUCGAAGAUGUUGGUCAUUCCACAGACGCCAGGGAGAUGCUGGAGCAGUAUUAUGUUGGAGAGGUUCACAUGAAAGACCGUAAGAAAGAAGCGAAAAAGGACGUCUAUAUAUCAACUUCAAAUGAUUCUGGCAGUGCUUCCUGGACCACUUGGCUUAUCCCUGCAGUUGCAGCAGCUGUUGUUGGGGUCAUGUAUCGCUUCUACCUUAUGGAACACAAGUCGUCUUGAUCCUUUCCCUUUGAAGAUCCUUCAGACCUUUCUCUCAUUUGACCGGAGGCCUUAAUAAUGUAUUUGACUAAAUCCGCCUCAUGGUCAAGUUGAAUGCACAGACACAUUCAAUGGAGCCCUUGAAUUCAAUGACAACCAGUUUUUCGUUCUACAGAAGAGGAGACCCAUUUGAGUGCUCUCCUCCUUUUUUGUAAGACUCUGCUCUUUCCUGAACAAGUGAUGGCUUGUUGUGUCACAAUGGUUCUAUUUGUUUGUCCUCGGUCCUGUUUCUGAUUUCUUAUGGCUGAUAUUCUAUCAAUUAGUAAUAACUGUGAGAUGAUCUCAUGUAAAAAAAAAAAAAAAAAAACAUAAUGGUGUCUAAAUGUUCUAAACAGAAUACAUUUUUAGAAUUGUCUGUUAUACCUGGUGUCGUCAUGAGAUCUGAAAAUGAUGUGGGUGUACUAGCUGAUGAGGAUGAAAGCAAGAAACAUAGCAACAUAUUUUUUAUAACAGCGGUGUGAGGUUUGAUGUUAAAUGUAUCUAAGGUCUUCAGCUUUUCUUAUGCAUUGCUGCUAGCUUGCCGAUGGAAAAAUGGGGGAUUGCCUUAGUUUUAACCUAACGUGAUCCUCUCAUCAACUAAAUCAAAUGUUCUGUUAAGAAUUAUAGAUGAGAAGGAGUUAAGAAUUGUUGGAUAUUUUAAAUGGACCAAAUUGCCUGAUUUACAGAUUGGUCCAUAGUGGGUCUCCAAAAGCAUGUUUCUUCUCAAUAGGUUAGCAUGCUGAUUCAAAGUUUUCACAGAUUUUACACUGGUGUGCUUUCUAACAGGAUAAACUAGGCAUUGGUUUAUACAUUCUUCUUGGGUAAAUAGUUUGUGUUGUGUUGUCUACGUAAUAAUCUCUUGCUCCAAACCUAUUUUCUUAUUUUUACAUAUGCAUAUACUGAAGUAUACUACUACAAUCAUCUGUAAUUUAUUUGUUCAAACAUUUAUAAGAAACAUAUUCGGGUAGUGAGAAUUUGAGCUUGUAACCCAUAAUACUUGAAAUUGCACAGCGUAUAUAUUUAUGUUAUGCCCAUACCUACAUGUUUAGUUUAUUUCUAUGCAUUAAUGACAUACAACUUAUGCUCUUGAAGAUAUGUGCCCCAUCAGGAGACUGGUUUUGUUAUUUGGUCUGUAUUUUAACAUACAGAAUCCUGAUGAAAUGGGAAAGCAAAAUUUACACCAUGUGGUCUGAUAAGAGUGUCCUUUAUUAAACCCUAAGUCCUCUUUAGAGGUCUUCUA